AUGAGGAGGCACAUAGCACGUGCACGCGAAGACCGCAAUAUCGCGGCCAGGGACAAGUUUGCCACGGACUACACCAAUCUUGGUAAGCCUUCUACCCCAGCUCCGAAGCCGACGGCUCCGGCUCCUACGCCAAAGGAUAGGAAGGGUGGAAAGCCGAGUGCUCCAGCACCCAAGGGCAAGCCUGGAGCUCCUGUUCUACCUUCCGGCAAUCCCAAGAGUCACGGCAAGGGGAAAGGCAAGGGUGGCAAACGAUCGAGAUCACCUUCCACACGAGAUACUUCGAAGACCUUUUGUCACUUCCACUUCAACAAGGGCAAUUGCAAGCAUGGUGACAAAUGCCAAUACAGUCACUCCCAAUAUCAUUGGGACAAGAGGAAGGACAAAGGUGGCAAGGGCAAGAACAGCAGAUCGGCUACUCCAAGGAGAUCGCAGACCCCUGGUGGAAAGAAGGAUCGACAUUGCUAUGGUUGGCUAAAGGGCGAUUGUCAGAAAGGUGACAAAUGUACCUUCAAACAUGACCCAAGCAUGAAGGGCAAGAGAGCGGCGCCUUCUACAAAGACGCCCGACGCCAAAGCUACUCCGGCAUUAGUCCGUGAGUACGAUGACGAUUUCAUCGUGAAUGCAGUGCCUAUCGAGAAGAAGAAAAAGAUGGAUGUCAAGUUCAAUGACAAGGUGGAAACCAUCGUGUAUGUGAAGCCUGAUUUUGAAGUGAUUCCUCAUGUUCCAGGACAAUAUGGUCGUCGAGACAACGUCAUGUGCAUCACUAUGCCGAUCGAGCUCAAGGACCGACGUUUCAUCAUGGACUCUGGCAGUGGUCACGAUCUUAUAUCAUCUACGAGAGUGGAUAGGAUGGACAUUGACACCUAUCAAAGUGAUCGAGUUAACUUCCACACUGCAAAUGGCAUCACAUCAACAACCACGAUGGUGGAUUUGGAUUUCGACACGUUCAAUGAUCCUGCAAGGGCUCAUGUGUUGGAGGAUACCCCAUCUGUUUUGUCAUUGGGAAAACGUUGUAUGGAGCAAGGCUACACCUUUGUAUGGCCUAGCGGGAGAGAGCCCUACAUGAUCAACUCCGAGGGUGGCAAGAUUAAGAUGGAAGACUACAGGCCAUCGUCAGACUACGAGGCCGAGUUAGUGAUGAAAGUGAAAUGGACAUCAAACUUGACAAAGAGAAAGCUGAUGAUGCUGAAGUCGUUGAUGGUCCUCCUCUACCUCCUCCUGAUGGUGAACCUCCUUAUGAUGGGCCUGAACAUCUCUAUGGGUAAACCUGGUGACGGCAUCAUCUACCUCAGCGACAUCGGCGAGCAUGUCAAGCUCGACAAACGUGGACGACCUUAUCGUGUUGGUCCAGAUGGUCGCAAAGAAGUACGAGGGUCACCAAGGCCAAAGAGCAGUUACAGUCCGGAAGAAUGGAGAGCACUAUCCGCUAAGGAGAGAGAUGUCAUCAUUCGUCGUGGAAAACUUGAAGAAGAAGCUGAGAAGCUUAAGGAGAUCAAGUGGAAAAAGGAGAGAGACAAAAAGGCCAAGGCCGAAAUCUCCGAGAAGAAGAAACAUGAUCCAAGUUCCUCCAAAGAUCCAGCCAGAGAUGAAAGUCGAAAGAAGAAGAAAAAGGAUAAUAAGAAGUCAAAGGAGAGCUCAGGCAAAGAUGGUGGAAAGGACGCUGCUGUCAAUGUGGGGACGCUCCGAGGUCGCAACCCAUGGGAACGUUCGCCGACGCCCCAUGGAGCGAGUGAUCUCGAUGACAUCAAGAAGCGUGAAAAAGAUGAAUUGGCAGGAAAGUUCAGGUUCGGCAAGACCAUUUUGAUCACAGACCUCAACUACAGGUGUCAAUCGCACUCAAGGGGAACGACAAACAUCCAGUAUGGGCUUGAUGAGCUGGGAUAUGUGGUCACGGUCAUCGACAUCAACAGCUUCAAGAGCGUGACCAGAGCCCAGAAGUUCCUCGAUGCGGUCGAACACUUGAUCAAGGACGUGAUGCCCGACAUCGCGGCCGAGGAGAACAUGACCAUCCACUUUUGGAUAUCAUUUGCAUUCCUCGUCACGGACACUCAUCCAUACCAUGUUUGGGUUGAGAGGAAUUAUGCGGAGAGACUCGCUGAAGCGAUCCGAAGGGUCGACAAGUUGGCGACAAGACCAAUCUUUGUGUCGCUCUGCAAGGAUCCAAGAUUUCAUGGUAUCCGAUCAGGCAUCCAGGACAUCGCCAUAGACUCUGCCGACAUCCUGAGAUGCGAGCACGGUGAGAUCCUCAUGAAGGCGCUGUCGCACUUUGGGAUGGUCAGAGUUCCCAGAGAUCGAGUUAAACAGAUCUUUGUUGGGAAACGUGGAAGACAAUACGGUGUCAUCCGGGAGGAGUUCACUCUGGGUGAAGGCAAUGAUGCCCAUGAACGAUUUGCAUAUCGUGUGGAGAAUUACUAG